AUAAACCCUUAUUGUCCUAAUAAUACGAGAAUAUCCAGAAUUGGGACGUUGAGCCUCUUAUCCUCUUCUUCGAGCGUCGAUUAACAAUGGAAUCAGAUCCACCGUUCCAUGAAAAGUACAAGAAUCUCUUCUCAAGCUUCGCGGAAAAAGCAGGCAAUUCAAAGGCGGCGCAUGAAAAUGAACCGGUUAUGGCCGACGAAUGUGCGCCACCAGUCGUUGAUCUCCGGUGGCUAAGCGCAGGCGACAUGGAGCAGAAAGAGUGCUGCAAGAGAGAGAUCGCCGGCGCCGCGAACCAGUGGGGGCUGUUCCAGGUCGUGAAUCACGGUAUUCCUCGCGAGAUCUUGGCGAGGAUUAAGCGCGAGCAGGUGAAGCUCUUCCGGAUACCGUUCCACAAGAAAGCGAACGACAGGUUUCCGAAUUUGCCGGCGGAGUAUUACCGUUGGGGAACUCCAACGGCCAGUUCCCUGACGCAGUUCUCGUGGUCCGAAGCUUUCCACAUACCUCUAGAAAACUUAGCGAAGUUGAAGCUACUCAACAGUACUCUUAGCAAGACGAUUGCAGAAUUUGCAGAAGCGACUUCAGAGCUGGCUCAAGGGAUAGCUGAGAUUCUAGCAGAAAACCUUGGCUGUUCACCCACUUUCUUCUCCAAGAACUGCUUGCGCAGCUCAUGUUAUCUGCGACUGAACAGAUACCCACCAUGCCCAAUAUCUUCCCAAGUGUUUGGACUGGUGCCACACACAGACAGCGACUUCCUCACAAUUCUCUAUCAAGAUCAGGUGGGAGGAUUGCAGGUGGUGAAAGAUGGCAGGUGGGUUAACAUCAAACCUAAUCCUGAUUCUUUAAUCAUCAUCAUUGGAGAUCUGUUUCAGGCAUGGAGCAAUGGGGUGUACAAGAGCAUGGAGCACAGGGUUGUGAGCAAUCAUCGGGUGGAAAGGUUUUCUAUCGGAUACUUUCUGUGUCCAUCCAAUGAAACCGUCAUUCAGCCCUGUCAUCAACCUUCCAUCUACAGGAAGUUCAGCUUUGGAGAGUACCGCCAGCAAGUGCAGCAGGAUGUCAUCGCCACUGGCGGCAAGAUUGGCCUCCGCCGAUUUCUCACAGUUUCGAGGAAUCUGUCUUCAUGCUGAUAAAUUCCUGCAAAGAAUAACAUCGCUAGGUGUCGUAUGAAGAUCUCUGCGCAAACACUCUGAUGCUUAAGUCAAUAGAUGGCGGAUUGUUGAAGAAUUCACAUAUCGCUGAUAUCAGUAAUAUUGUAUUUAGAAGGCUAAUUUGAUGCUUGUCGAAAACAAUACUAUGUAAUGAAAAUGUUAAGAAUAUUCAAAUGUGUAUUUAACUCAAAGUGUAAAUGUUACUAGAGUAAUAUAUGUUAUUACUCAACUAAUUGAAUGAAAAUGUAGGAAGAACCAAUUUUAGAUCUAUAUUACUCGACUAUGAUAUGAAAAUAGUCGACUUGAAAAACAAAAAUGAGUAA